AUGACAUCGUACACAUCCGAAUACCCCUCCAUUCCGUUCGACCCCGCAUUCAAGAAGUUCUUCGAAGACUUCUAUGCAGCCUCCGACAAGCCCGAUGCGCAUGAUGCAUACGUAGAGAACUUUACCAAAGAUGCAACGCUCAUCAUGGCCUCGAAAAAGGCGCACGGCUCACAAGAAAUUCUUGCCCUCCGCAAAGGUCUCUGGGAAAAGGUCGCUAGCCGUGUGCACAACCCAAUUAAGAUAUUCCCGUAUGGUCCGAACUCUAACGAGGUCAUGCUGCACGGAACGGUCAAUUACGGCCUGAAAGCUGGCGGGGAGUCGAGUGUGGACUGGGCGGCGUAUGCGCGGUUAGUCAAGGACGAGGGGAAGGUCAAGAUGGAGUUUUAUCAGGUCUAUUUGGAUACUGGUGCACAGAAUAAGUAA